UUAACUUUGUGCAUACGCUCCCUUCUCCGGCCAGAUCCUCCUAACCCAGGUAGGAAAAGUCUUUGUAGAGAAAGAAGAUAAAUAAUGGAAUCAUAGAGCUUGUGGCAAAAAUUGAAGCACAAAAGAAAGAGAAAGUGGGAAUAAAGAAUCCCUCAUCAUAUCUAUGUGCUGAAAGGUUGUGACUGGAAAUUCCAAUCCUCUUUUAGGAUUAGAGAAAUGGGUAGGCAACAGUCGCUGCGGGGAAAAGCAGCCCACUUUGUGUCUGAUCUCACCACUGUCAUCCUCAACCCCAUCUCUGAUAAACCCCCAAAACCUCAUCCUCAUCCUCAUCCACCUGAAGAUGAGAGUGAGUCAAAAAAAGGUCAACUAGAAUCAAUUGGUGAAGAGGGUACUGGGGAAGUUGUUGAUGGGCCUGAUACUUCUUCUUUUACAGCAUUUCUCUACUCUCUAUUGUCAUCCUCUGACUCCGGAGAUAAUUCAAAGUCAGAUGAGCAGAAUAAUGGUGAAAUUGAAUCAGGCGACCUGCAAUCUGACACUGCAAUGAAGGAAAGUGGUGGGAAGAAAAGCUUAUUUUCUAGGGGGAAACAAUCGCUUGGUAGAGUUAUUUCCAAAGCUGCAAGAGUCGGUGGCUAUCGAAACCAAGAUCGCAAGGGUGACUCAGAAAUUAAAGUUGAUGGGAGUGAUGCUUUAACUGCUGAGGUUGAGAUGAGGGAUAUUCAAAAUGAGAAAGAGUCUGAAGACUUGGUCAAAGUUGCAGACAUUUCCGAACCUUCAUUGCUUCUUUCAGAGAAAACUAGGACUUUUCUUUAUGCUUCACUUCCAGCACUUGUUCAGGGGAGGAAAUGGUUAUUGAUCUAUAGUACAUGGCGGCAUGGCAUAUCACUUUCGACCCUGUAUAGAAGGAGCACGCUUUGGCCUGGACUCAGCUUGCUGGUUGUUGGAGACCGUAAAGGUGCAGUAUUUGGUGGCUUAGUUGAGGCACCCCUUAGGCCAACCAGCAAGAAAAAAUAUCAGGGAACAAAUAAUACGUUUGUUUUCACGAAUAAAUCCGAUCAACCUGUUAUAUUCCGCCCCACAGGUGUAAAUCGCUAUUUCACUCUGUGCUCCACCAACUCUCUGGCAAUUGGUGGAGGUGGUCACUUUGCACUGUAUUUGGAUGGUGAUCUAUUGAAUGGAUCAAGUUCUGUUUCGGAAACAUAUGGGAACCCUUGCCUUGCACACUCCAAAGACUUCGAAGUGAAGGAAGUUGAGUUGUGGGGCUUUGUAUAUGCUUCAAAGUAUGAGGAAAUACUUUCUUUAAGCCGAACAGAGGCCCCUGGGAUUUGCCGAUGGUAAAUGCUCCUCAUGCUCAUUGUAAUAAUUGGCCACCUUGUUAAUCCUGAAGAUGCUGCUGAUUGCGUUCCAAGUGAAACAACUGAGAGUGGAAGGUCUUUGUAUAUGUCUUGAAAAUAGGCUCCACCCCUGUACAUAGGUUGUUGUAAACUGCCAGUUUUUUUGGGUAAAAGAUAGAUUUUGAUGGUAUACAGUUUUCUCUGGGGUAUGCCCAGACUCUUUUUUCUA